UCAGGUAGAAAAAUAAUUCAGUGUGAAAACAAUAACAAAAACAAAGAGGGUAACAAAGGGAAGGAAUAACAUAAUUGAAAUCCUCUUGCUUGGACAUUGAAGUGAAGCUGCUAUUGAAGUUAUCAGACCAAAAACACAUUAAAGAGCUCAGCUGCCGCUGAAACGCAGAAAAUGGUGACGUCAAAAGCAGAUAUCUGUCAAAUUGGAAGGCCACAUAUAAUGGAUUUAAAUGAUGACUGCCUGGGCAUGAUUGUCAGGCGUCUGAAUGUAAUGCAACAAUAUCAAAUAUCCAAAUUACACACACGCUUCAAACAAAUUGUGAAAUCCCAAUGGCGUUGCAAAUUAAACCAUGUCGUCGUUUAUCCUGAGCUGUUGGAGAACAUUGAUGAGGUGACAUUUGUGGGGUUUAUGCAAGAAGUUGGCCUCCAUAUGCAGAGUUUGCUAAUGCGCCAUUGUGAUAUCAGAUAUUUACGUUUGCUGUCCGAUCAAAUUUUCAAUCGCGUAGAAACAUUUGGUUGGAUGGGUGAAGGAGGUAGUGGUGGCGGUGGAGAAGCUGGGGACAGCGGUGGAGAAGAAUUGUCGGAAUUUCAAGGUGAUCGUGAAAAACAAUUUCUUGAUGAGGAUCUUCAUCUCCUAACCAGAAUAUUUCCCAAAUUGCAAGUCCUAAAGCUGAGAGGUUGCCAAAUUACGGGCAAAUAUUUGGCACAGUUCUCAUCCUUGAAACAUCUCUCCUUGGACGAUUGCCAAUGUCUCGAGUCGGACAACUUCCAGGAGGUGUUCCAAGAACUGAAACUUCGCAAAUUUGAUAUUAUGGAAGAUUGUGAUGAAAUAAACUGUUGUGAUCUAAUUGAGCUGAAAAAGUGUCCCACCUUGGAACACAUUAAAAUUGCCGAUUAUCAUUUGUGUUUCGACACCGAUAUUAUCAAUGAUAUUUUACGCAUGCCCAAUCUCAAGAAGUUGUCCAUAUAUUCCAAGAACUUUGUCUUCGAUGUACUUGAGAGAAUAUCACGUACGAAUCUAAAACAAAUCGUAGCCUUUAAAUUCAAUGGAGUAUUGCAUAAUUUUGAACGUUUCUUUCGUGAGCUGAAUCACAUGAGGCACUUGAAGAAAUUAUCCUUUUAUGAGUGUCGUGGCUAUGACAUUGAGGGUAUACGUGAUCAUAUGCUUGUGCAGAUAAGUAAGCAGUUUGCCGAUUUGGAGGAAAUCCAUUUAUGUUCUUGUGAUUUGGAAAGUGAUCGUGGUGUCUUGAGUUUUGUCCAAAACUGCCAUAAAUUGAAGUUAAUAAAUUUGACUAGUUGCCGCAAGGGUAUUAGCGAAUCGGUCAUAUGGCGCUGCAUGGAACUGAUGAAGAAGCAGAAAUGGCGUACCCACCAUUUGGAAAUGUGGCUCAAGGAUACAUAUAUCGAUAAGGCUAUACUGGAGGAUCCCCGUUACAUGUACAACAAUCGUUUCCUUAAACUGGACUUUAAACAAUCUCUGCAAGACUCGAAUCCUCCGGGAGUAUUAAAAUUUACCUUUUCAACCUAGUAGAUAGUAUUUAUUUAAUAAUAAUACCCAGCAUACAUACAUACACAUAUAUGAACACCAUGAACUACAUAUGUACAUAUGUAUGUACAUAAUAAAUACCAA